AGCCUUCGGCUUGGUCACUCGCAUAUCCUUCGUCAUACAAAAACGCGCUGUUGCUCUCGCGAACCACAGCAGCUCUCGACCAUUCUUGCAGGGCCCCCAACAGGUCGUGGUCGAUAACGUCCAAGAGGACGAUCAAAGUCCCUUGAAUCCCUAAGACACAUCCAAUUCCACCAACAACAGCAACAAACUCGCGUCGUCAACCACCACUCACCCAACAUGUCUCUCACAGUAACCUCCGAAACCCAAAAGAUGCCUUCCGCCUCCUCCCAACCAACCUCCUCCCCCUCCUCCUCCGACGAGCCCGUGACGACGACCUCCUCCCAAGUCAACAUGGUAAUCCGCCAAGACCCCUUCUACAUAACCCUCGACGCCUCCGCCCUCCUCGCCGUCUCCAUCCUGACCGUCCUGGGGAUGCACUUCGUGCACCGCGCCCUGCUCGAAGCCACCGUCAUCUCCGUGCCCAUCAUGUUGCUGAUCCACAACGACUACCUCAACUUCCUCAAGCUGGGGCCAGGCGGCACCCCUCCCACUCCUGCCGGAUACGCCCGCUUGACGUUUUACCGCUUGUUCACCAUCCGCGACCCGUUGCAGGCGCCUGAGAGGGAUCCGAGUCAGCUUCCCUCGGCGGGGAUCCUGCACAUGGCCAGCAAUAAUACCAAUGAUCCCACCACCGGACACAACAACGACAAAGCAGCAGCCUCCGGCCAACAAGGCCAAGGCCAAGGCCUCCUCCCCUACCGCCCCGGCCCCCGCCCCUCCGUCGCCGGCCUGGCCCCGCAGAGACAACUAAACCAAGCCGGCCCCCUCCCCAUUUACAACGCCCUCCGCAGUUCCCUCGAACGACUCACCGCCCGCCACCCAGAAAAAUUCGUCACCGCGACAUCUUGUCUCGAAAAACACGGCUUCGCCCUCUUCUCGCGUCACCCGGUCAACGUGUGCGGCAACGGCGAGAUCUGCCAUAUCCAUACGCACUCGGACAGGAGCAUGCACAUGAGCUUGCAUCCGGAUGAUAUCAAGGAGGUGUUGGAGAAGGGGUGGGGGGAGAGACAUCCUAUGGCUUGGUCGACUAGAAGAUCAAGUGGUGGGAGUGGGAGUGGGAAGGGGAACGGGAACGGGAAGGGAACUUCUGGAAAAGCAGGGGGAAAGGGGUCAUGGUGGGGGGCGACGGCGGCUGGGUGGUGGCCGGUGAGGAGUCCGGUGCCGGAGACUUUUACUAUGGUUUAUGCGCCUAGAGAUGAAAAAGAUUUGCGAAUUGUUUGCAAGAUCAUCGAGGCGGCGAUUUGGUAUACUGCUUGCGAAAAGGUUGAGAUCGUGCCCGAGUCCGCUGAGGCUUCAGUUUGAGGAAGGAUGGUGUUGGU